AUGGAGGACCACACAUUCUUUGACCUCAGUAGAGUUUAGAUUACAACCGUCGCAAGAAAAGACUGAAAUUCCACGUUUUGCACAGUUAAGUGUUGUUGUUUAUGUGUUGUUAGUCCGGUUUUUGUUUUGUGUCCUAUUGAAACUGCACAAGUUUUUACGCUUUAUUACUACUGCUAUUUCCUUCCGAUGAAAAAAUGUAACAAAAUUGAUCUGAGUUAAUUGCAUUGAUAUUUGUUGCAUCCCUGAGGGUGGUGAUUCGCACGAAAAAAAAUGUCCCACCAACGGGCAAAGUCCUCCCGGUGACCCCUCCUCAGGGGAGGGCAGAUAAGCGGCUAAACACCGUCGUUGCAGAGGCUUUCGCACGCCACCAAACAGUUCAGUUCGCAGCGACCGGUUGCGACGAGCGAAUCGUUUCUUGUUUGCGGAAGAACUUCCGCCGCGCGUCCACUUUCGUAUGCUAAACCGCGAUCGUCGUCGGUACGGUUACGCAAGCGGUUUGUUGAUUGAGUGCAUUGCCCGCGUUUCCGUAAACACAUAAGUGGAGUGCGCCUUCAAGAUGCCAGGAUCACCCGUGAACAAGGAUCUGCAGGCUGAGCGCGAUAAGUGUAGCUUCGACAAGAAUGAGUUUACCCUCUGGUGGGUCGGUGGCAAGGAGAAGCUGAAGGAGAAAUUAGAUCUAGAAAAAUUCCUCGAAAGCGAUCCAGAAUUCCAAAACAGCACUCCAACCCACUUCCUCUCGCACAAGGAACUGUAUGAAGAAACCAUUCGCCAGGCGACAGUCAUAUUCCGGAAGGUGCGACGAUUCCACGAGGACCGAGGCAAUGGAGACCCAUCAAACUAUAUGGCAACCCUCGGCGGACUGCUGGGCAAUGGCAUCAUUCGCCAGGGCAAUCCGAUGGGCGUCCACUUUGCGAUGUUUGUGCCGGCAAUACUGGGCCAUGGUUCGCCCGAACAGCAAGCGGAAUGGCUUCCGCGUUCGCUCAAAUGCCAGAUCAUUGGUACGUACGCGCAGACCGAGCUUGGGCACGGUACAUUUUUGCGCGGCCUGGAAACGACGGCCACAUACGACGAACGCACUCAAGAGUUCGUGCUCGAGAGCCCCACAUUGAGCUCAUACAAAUGGUGGCCAGGCGGCUUGGCCCAUACGGCAAACUACUGUGUGGUGAUGGCGCAACUCUUUUCGAAGGGCAACUGUCACGGAAUUCAGCCCUUUAUUGUGCAGCUGCGCGACGAGGAAACGCACAUGCCACUGAAGGGCAUUACGAUCGGCGAGAUCGGCAACAAACUGGGAAUGAACAGUGUCAACAACGGCUUUUUGGGAUUCGAUCAUGUUCGCAUUCCACGCAAGAACAUGCUGAUGAAGAACGCCAAACUGUUAGCGGACGGCACGUUCGUGAAGCCACCGUCCCAGGCCCUCACCUACGGAACGAUGAUGUUCGUGCGGGUUGUCAUCUGUCGCGAUAUGGCGUUCCAUCUGGCCAAAAUGGCAACCAUAGCAGUGCGAUACUCGUGCGUCCGUCGCCAGAGUCAAAUCAACCCAGAUCAACCGGAGGUGCAGGUAAUCGAUCACUUGACACAGCAAUACAAGCUGUUCCCAGCGAUCGCCAAGAGUAUCGUUUUCAAGCUAACAUCGGAGAACCUGUGGCAAAUGUACACCCAGGUGACGGCUGAGCUGGAUGAGGGUAAACUGGAGCGACUCCCUGAAUUGCAUGCCAUUGCAUGCUGCCUGAAGGUGGUUACCACAGCCGAUACAGCGACGGCUGUUGAAACAUGCCGCAUGGCGUGCGGUGGCCACGGCUACAUGACCUGCGCCAAUUUCUACAACACGUACGGGUUCGUCACUGCCGCCUGCACCUACGAAGGCGAGAAUACGGUGCUGCUCCUGCAAACGGCCAGAUACCUGGUGAAGGUUUGGAAUCAGGCUAUCAAAGGGCAGCCCCUUGUCCCGACCGUGCAAUACUUGGCGAACUUUAUUCAAAGUAAAAACAACCGCCACCCGUGGACCGAUUCCGUACCGGGGAUAAUCAAGGCCCUGCAAACCGUAGCCGCAGCCAAACUGCGACUGGCCUACGAGCACAUCGAGCAGCGCAAAAAGGCUGGCUACACGCACGAGGAAGCGGUCAAUUUGACUGGCCUUGAGUUGACUCAAACUGCCGAAGUUCACUGCCGUGCCUUCUUGGUGCAGUCCGGGUACGAGAUGAUCGAGAAACUGUGCCAAACCGUGUCGGCCCCGCUGGCGAAGGUGAUGCGUACGAUCGGAGAACUGUACGCGUAUAACGAGGCACUCGAUAUGCUUGCUAGCUUAGUUCGGUUCACAUCGAUCAGCGAAAGCGACAUCAAUCGUCUGCAGGCAAAGCUGGAGCAAACGCUGCUGUCGAUUCGCCCGAACGCGGUCAGCAUCGUCGAUUCGUUUGCCAUUCCGGAUAUGUUGCUGGGAUCGCCACUUGGAGCGCACGAUGGUAACGUCUAUGAGAAGCUGUACGAAGAGGCCAAGAAAAGUCCUCUGAACCAGGAACCGGUUAACAAAUCAUUCCACCUGUACCUGAAGCCAUUCAUGCGUUCGAGCUUGUAAUUAAUAUCUAUCGUUCUUUAUCCUGUGCGGGGUUCCUUUAUGCUGGUGCUAAUCGUAUGUUAUCUGGUUUCUUUGGUUAUGGAAAAUGUUAUGCAAUGUUUAUAACUGAAAUACAAUAUGUUUCUACAAUUUG